AUGAUUCUCCCUUCUCCGACCGACAGUCGUCCACCAUCUGAACUACCAAAUGGCUACGGCUCGACCUUGUCUUCCAAAACCUUCAACGACUCUAACGCCGACAAGAAGAUAUUGUAUUUUGAUCAGAAACACCCCACGAUGGAAGACAGCUCACAAUUCUCCCCGAACCUCGGCUCUGUGUCAAGAAUGCUUGUCCCCCCAAGAUACUCGCGACGUCCUUCUUCCUCCAUAGUCUACACAUUCGAGCCAUUACCGUCUAAUUGCAUGUUGCUAUCUCCACCGCCGAAAGUCACCGAAUCCCAGAAACCUUACCAUAUCACUGUCAGUAUGAACUGCUUCACCCCAACAUCAUACAUCACGUCUGUACGAAAGCAAUCAUGGGACGGAGAACCUGUCGGAGACUUUGAACUCGGGGCGACCAGGUCCGGUAGUCCUGGUACAAUCUGCCUGCGCAAAAAUGAAUAUCCAAUACCCGAUGUUUUAACCGAACUCCCAAGCUCAAGAAGCUCAACCCACUUCAAGUCGUGGAGGUGGGAAGUCAGGGGAAUCAAUCGUGAGCGUCCGAUGAUUCUUUUCUGGGACGAUUUCCAUGGUGGUGGUGUUCUAACGGUCUAUUCCACCGACGAUCGGAAUGAAUCCAAUUUGUUGGCGAGAUUUACUCCUCGGACAGCUCUACGGCGUCAGGGACAACCUGUGGAUCCUCCGAAUUUGCUGGUAACACCUCUAGGUCACGAUUGGUAUGAUGAUAUACUCCUUAGUGCCCUGAUUAUCGAGAGAAUGCGGACAACUCCUACUUACCAGUGA